AUGUCCUCUGCUAAGGCAGGAUCGGACCCUCUUACUUUGGUGAUCGCUACAACCGUAGAUACAGUCACGGCUACCCCACCUGUUGGUGAAUCAGCAUCAACAACACCUCAAAUACAUGUGCAUCACUUUCACCAUCAAUCCUGCCUGCAUCACCCGGAAGUGCUAUUCACGACUCUGCCUACUGGUGCGCCUGUUGCAUCUCGCUCCGAGGAUGACUACGCCGUAGUCUUCAACUCCAACAACACCAUCCGUUCCCCCUUUAGACCGACAUUGCAGCCAGUAAACAGCAAACUCUCAACUGUCAUUUUUACUGCGCCACGAAAAACUGUCUGCACUGCGGCCGUUAGACACCCAAGCCUGGCCUCUCUCGUUUUCCACCAGUCUCGCAACACACAUUCACUGGAGCCUGUCUCACCAUCUAAUUCCCCUUUUUUCAAUAAUGCCACCGGCACGUCGUCGACGUUCCCAUCCCAUACCUCCUCACCGCACUUCUUUCCGCGAGACCAACCGGGCGCUUCUGCCGGCGGCUCCUCAACCAGUGGUCUACACACCACUCCGACCAGCCUCUACGCCCAGACCAUUCCAGGUCAGUCGGUCUCACAAAAUAACACUCCCUCCCGUAUCGUCCCAGGUUGGUCACCACUCAUCCUCUUUUCCUUUCGUCUACCUUCGCUUCAAUGCAAACCAAAUUUUAACCCCUAUGUUCUAAGAAGUAUGGGUGUGGAAAGGCAGCACCAGCAGCAGCAGCAGCAGCAAAAGCCGCCUAGCAAUAUCGAUUGGCUUGCUGCGCGUGCGCAUGGCGUGUCACUAACACCGACAACAGCAGAAGCAUUGCAAGCACGCCUAUUUUGGCGUAGUGCCAAACUCCCCAGUCCCUGGGGUGGUUUUUCUAAGUGGGAGUUUGUUUAUUCCCGCCUUACUGUUAACUUUGUCCCUGAACGUGUUAUCGCAUUGGACCCAGAUGAUCCCUCAGUCUACUACCCAUUGACCACAACCAGCUACAGCGUCCAGACCACCACGACCGAUCAACAACGAGGAUGUCCCAACACUCCCGAUCCAACUCCUUCUAACAAUCUGACAGACCGUCUGCUUCGAUGGUUCCGUGCUGGCGAAACCGCCGGUGGUGGUCGAGACUCGACUGCUGAUAGUUUGUACGCACAACGACGCAGAAGCAAAAGUCAACCACCUCAACACCAGCGGCGUGUCCAGUUGAUGCAAAUUGAUCCAAGGUGCGUGCAGGCUGCGCUGGAGGUGACCACCAAAAAUACCGCGAAACGAAAUGAGCCGACACAGCAUCAACGACCCAAAGCUCUGGUGUCUCCACCCAAUGGGUCCUACCCAGCACCCUCCAGUCGUCGACGCCAACUUUCACCAGCUCCCUGCACCUGCAGUCACCACCACCAACCGCAACUCCAUCCGACACCUCAACAGGUCUCCCUCGCCUCUCCCGUCGAUCAUCAACACCGCAGCCGCCUUCCUCGCUGGCUCUUCCCCUGUGGUCCUCAUCAGAAACAUUCCCUUUCCCCACCGCCCACUUGCCCCCCCCGUGUCGUGCCUCCGCCCCCGCCUCCGCCCCCGCCUCCGCCACCCAGAAGCAUUGCUGUAAAACUCAAGCCAGCUACACGCAAUGUGGAAGUGCAAACUCAGCCUGAUUCCAUCCCUGCUUGUCGCUGUGCUUCCACGGGCAUUGAACCUGCUCUCUGUGGCAUUGACGGCCUUACUGGGUGUUGCGGUGGUGAGCACAAACAGCACAUAAUGCUGCACCACUACCACUUCCACCAUUACUAUCACUGCGAGCCUCUGGAACCACCUAGCACUCCUGCCACAAAUACCACAACUUCAACUGCUGGUGCUGUUGCUGAGGCCGUGGAUUCAAGGCCCUCUUCUCCGCUGAUAAAGCUCUCUGUUAAUUGGCCACCAAACGCGGCGAUUUCUGUUGAAGAGCAAGAGGAGGAGGAAGGGGAGAAUGGGAACGAAGUUCCCAAUUUCGUAAAUGCGGUAGAUUGUCAAGCUGAUGAUAACUGCGCAAUGGUAGAGCAGCUGACCGACGGCGACCCACCAGCACCCGUUUCGGACGCACUUCGGGCGAUCGAGUCAGCGAAAGUGGAGACACCGACCGGACAGCUGGCCAGACCGAGCUUUAAGGUGGAAGAUGUGGGAACGAGGAACGAGGAGCCUCCGACACGGGUUUUGUUAAAUACGCAGGUUCCAUUAAUGGUGGAUGCCAAUCAAACGGAUCAAAGGAGGAUCUUCUUGCAAAAUAUAAACCAAUUGAAGCGGACUGGAUGGUAUUGGGGUCCGCUUACCAUAGAAGAAGCUGAGUUGCUGCUGAAAGACCGACCAAACGGCAGUUUUCUCGUUCGUGACAGUGGACACGAGCUCUACAUUUUGAGUGUCAGUUUUCGGGCUGAAAAUCGCACCUAUCAUACUCGUAUUGAACAUACUGGUGGGAAAUUCGGUUUUGCGGUGCAAGGAGACGCCGACACUACAUCACCGAGCAUUGCCCAGUUCAUUAAUCACGUGAUUGCGGAAUCAGAGCGGGGUCGAACACGUUUCUUCCUACGGCAAUCCGUACUUACGACUUCAGCCAACCAUCAGGGUAGUGGUACAACCGACCAUUUAGAUGAGAACCAUCACGUAGAAGCACGUCUCCUCUACCCAGUAUCACGGUUCUUUGUCGUACACUCAUUAGCUCACCUCUGUCGAUUUGAAAUCCUUCUCAAGGUCCGCAAGGACCACAUUGACCUCCUACCACUGCCAGAGCGUUUAAAAAAGUACCUCCAUGAACGUCAGUACUACACGGAGUUUGUGCAAGCCUAUCUUGAAUCCGUGGGACACCUCCUGCCAAACAAUAGGGUAGAAAAAACAGAAGCCAUCACCACUUCCAUGUCAGAGGUGGCACUGGAGGAAGAUGAGAUAGAGGAUCACGUAUAG